AUGUACGUUGCUGGACCUCCACCUGGCCACGACGUAGCCCGACCACCGCCUCCUCAGACCCGCACAGGAGAGCCCGUCAUCCCCAAAUUGAAAGGAACACCCCAAGUUGUCGGUCUUGCUGGUGAUUCCGGCCUCAACCGCGACUCCGGCGGCUCUUGUCGAUUUGGUGACCGCAUCCUGUGGACCUAUCGUGACACCCAACUCUGCGCUCCCGAUGGAAGCCCACAAGAACUGCCCAUAAUAACCAGUACAGGAAGCUGGUCUGAUCUCGAACCCGGCGGCGGACCGAAGCUCGAAGGAGUCGGGAACAGAGACCCACUAAAGACCACAGUCCACCACCAAUACGGCGACAACCACAUCAACAACUGCGAGUCCGCCUACUUCCCGAUCCACACUCACGGCACCGGCCGCGUAGCCGGCAACCGCGAAGACGGCAGCCGCCACCCUUUCUGGCCCGACUCGCCUCCUCUCGUCGUCUCUCACCCCAACACCCCAAUCGUAGCCUACACCUGGAUCAAAAUCGAACACAUCAAAGGCCUCGAAGAUCUCGCCAAGAGUCCUCCUACAACUCUAUAUCGCACCACUCAAUCCUCGUCCUCCGACCGCAACGCCCUUCCCGAACCCAAAAUCGUCGACCCAAACUUCUGGAAAGAAGGCGAGAUCCCCUAUGGCGUCUACGGAAACCUUCUCUGGGAAGGCUACGCAUUCCUCUACGCUCACUUUGACGACACAACCGCUCUCGCCCGCGUUCCCGCUUCCGCCAUUGAAGACCGGAGUGCGUACGAGUACUUUGUCAACGGAGCGUGGACAUCCGCCCUCCCCAGCCGAGAUACCCCAGGAUUGAAUAUCGAGAACUCCAACGCUGGUGGGCAAGGGACAUACUUCUUCCACCCACCGUGGGAUUGCUUUGUCUGGAUUGGAGGCUCCAUUUUCCCCGGUGCUGCGAUGUUCAUUUGUACGGCUCCAGAUCCUACGGGGCCGUGGAAAAAUCAUGAUAAGUUUUGGGAAGGGCCGGGUGGGAAUGGAGGACUGCCGGCAUAUAGUGUGCAGGCGCAUCCGGGGAUGGCGAGGGAGGGGGAGAAUGUGGUGUGGGUUACAUAUACGAAGACGGAUAAGGCGGAGCAGACGGAUGCUUAUAGUACGCCGUUAGUAAGGGUUGAGUUUGAAUGA